CAACAUUCAGUUAAGGAUGCCCACGCGUCAACCAAACAACCCGCACAUUUCCUCUUAUCUUUAGUUUAUUACAUCGCAUUGGGCCUAUACGUACAUAGAGGGGCGUGUGCGGUUGACUGGCUCUUGGAAAAUGUUAGACAGUGCUUUAUUUCUUUGUGUGGAGUUGCAUAUAAUCAGAUACAUGCACACGUCAAAGUAUUCCUGUGUAUUUACCACCAUGGAGUUUCAUGUUUUCUAUUUGUUUGUGUUUUUGGCUUUCCUCAUUGCUACUAUUCAAUCAGCAAAAUUAAACUCAUUCACCGAAAACGCGGAACGUGUUCUAAAUGCUUCUGGACCUGCACGGACAUACAUCAAUGUUUUGUACGGGGUGUGCCUUACCCGCCCUCCUUACUAUGUGAAAGCAACGGUCACACCCAUAAAGAACUCCCCAAUCGCUUUCAAUGUGGAAGCUGUGAGAAUAAACCAAUACGAUGUUUUGCUUCAAAUUGACAGAACCGAUGCAACUGAAGGGUGGGAAGAAAUGUCGGUACAAGUAAACUGGACCGCAUACACCUCUCGAGCUGAGAGUUGCGACGAUUUGCGUGAAAUCGAAUCAGAAGAUGGGAUCUACAAUAUUUUCGACUAUGGCGGUUCAGAAUACUCCGUGUUUUGCGACAUGUCCACUGAUGGUGGCGGUUGGACCUUCGUGGCAAGCAUUCAUGAAAAUGAUAUGAAAGGUAGAUGUACUGCUGGUGAUAAAUGGUCAAGCGAAAGAGGAAACAACCAUAAUAACCCUCAUGGGGACGGCAACUGGGAAAACAGCAAUACAUUUGGGAGAAUAGAGUACGCUACGAGGGAAGAUUACAAAAACAGAGCUUAUUUUCAGCUGAAUGCAUCUAAUCUAAUGGUUUGGUACGUCCCUAACAACACGAGUUUCUCCGACUACAAACCGUCAGCUUAUAUUCGAUACCGCACUGCCAACAAAACCUUGGCAAAACUUGGAGGAAACUUGCAGGAGAUAUUUAAAUCUUACCCGAUAAAAUAUCUUCCAAAAGCUAAUUACAAGAACGGCCCUUCCGCACCUGUGGUUUUUGAUCAUGGAAACUUAACCGACCUAAUGAAAAAUUCGGUUCCUAGAUUUUUUAGUGAGGUUGAAUUUGGAUACGUUCAGUUUCGGGCACUUAACGAAGAAAAGUCCGCCUUCGCCUUUUGCCCUGGAGUACGAAUAGUUGCAUCGAACCUCAACGUGGAACAUUUCUGUGUUGGAAGCACCAGUUAUCAUGUUGGUCACAAGGGUAUUGUAGGAUACUGUGGUGAUUUUUCCGCAUUUGAUUGGUCCACUGCAAAAGCAAGCGAUAAGCUUAUACACACGACCUUCUUCUUGUUUUAUAGAUGAAACUGGCGAUGAAACCCUACAGUUUACGGUGUAGACUUAUACACAGUGUAAAAAACGUAUUGUACAAGAAAUCAUUUGUUAUAAUUCUGCUGUGGCCCAUGGUCUACUUAACAUGUGCUAUUACAGUUCUGUGGGGUAAAAUGGGACACCUUUGGCACAUAAUCAUCAAAAAUCCUGAUCGUGUUUUUAACAAUUAACACCGGUCUAUGGGUGUCGUGAGAGGACACGGUUUUGUAAUUCUUCGGAUGUUCUUUGUUCACUACCAAAUGGGACGAGAAAAUAGAAUGAAAGGGUGUCCCAUCUUCCACCACCCUAUAAUAUAUACCAUCCCUUAUUUCCUAAACUUUGUUAUAGCCCUAUGUGUUGGAUGACAUAAAUGGCUUUUGGAUAUCAUUUCCUAUGA